GGCAAUAUUGAACAUAUAAAAUGUAAAUAUCUACCGUGAUAUACGUUUUCAAAUAUUUGCGUUCACCACUCAUAAAUGCGACGAUUUCAGUGAGUUAAUUGGGGAAAGUCACAAGGCGAUUCGACAAAAGAUGUCUGCUCUCCGCGAACAAAGCGCGGAUUCAACAUUAAGGAGACAAGAAAUAGGUAACGAUGACAACGACAUGAAUAAGCAAUCAAGCGGCGUUAAUUCGUUUGAAAAGGUAUUAUCUGAUAUAAGAACUGCAGUGAAGGAAAUGAUUCUCCAGAAGCAGGAACCAACUGUCGACAAAAUAGCGAUCUUUCAGUCAUCCUUGAGGCAAGCGGAAAAAAUAUUCACCGAUCAGGAUAAUCAGCUCCGACGUCUGUUGAACCGGAGUUGUUGUCUGGAAGCUCGUAUUGCUAGUCAGGAAAAAACAAUUAAAAAAUACCAGGGCUUAUAUGAAGAGCCCAUGGAGGAAUGUGAAAUGUUAAAAUCUCAAAUAUCCACAGACCAUUCUAGCGAACUUCUGCCGAUAGCAAAAUCAUUAGAAAAUAUGCGAAAGAUCUGUGUGAAAAACGAGCAAAUUUUAGCGAAGGAAAUGGACCUCCUACAACAAAGAUUAGAAGAUAUGCAAAAGAUCUGUGUGAAAAACGAGAAAACUUUAGUGAAGGAAAUGGACCUCCUUCAACAAGAUAUAACACAAAGAGAAGAAGAAAUUAAACAACUCAAGUCUUGCAGUAACAAGGACAGAAACAAAUGGCAACGAGAAAUUGAAACAAAAGAAGAACACAUUAUCAUCCUGAAGAAGAAGAAGAAAAUACUGAAAAACAGACUGAACACAGUGAACGAAACUGUCAAGGUACUGAGACGAGAGUCUGCUUUGACUACAGGCGUUAGAAGUGAACCGAGUCACCAACUUAAGCUGUUGAUUGAAAAAGAAGCGCAAUUGGAACAAGAAUAUGAUGAGACUCAAACAGAUCUUAAUAACCAUGAAAUGCUGUCGAGCGGUCAUGAGGUGAACAUGACGAGUCUUGAUGGGGGAAGGGCACCAGUUUGGUUCCCAAAGUCAGCCAGCUUUGAUGAUAUGCUCAAGUAUCAACACGAUGAACAGGUCCCUCCACCUAAACCACACUUGCCAGCUGAGUACAGAAAAAGUUUGGUGAAUCAGUUGGAACAUUUCAAAGACCACUAUUGUCAUAUUGAAGAUGAUUCUCAGAUGGUGGAGGAAGCAGGGUUUCAAACUGCUUCAAUAAAUUCAUUUAAACAACUCUCAAAGGUGGAUUCUAGGAACAUAGCAGAAUUAGAUACCAAGGAACUUGCUGCCAUGUGA